AUGCAACAUAUUUUUCCUGAUUUAGAAUUGCAUGGUUGGGAUGCCCUUUAUAUGGUACAAAGAGCUAUUUUGACCCCAACAAACGAUGAUGUCCAAAAAUUAAAUGAUAUAAGUAUUGACCAGUUUCUAGAAGAACAUAAUUUGUUGUCAUUUGACGAGGUUGAAGAGGAUAAUAAUAAUUUAUACCAGCAAGAAUUCUUAAACUCAAUUGCACAAGGUAGUUUGCCCCCGCAUAUUCUAAAGAUAAAAAAGGGUGCACCAUUGAUGUUGUUGCGAAAUCUAGAUCCUAGAUAUGAGCUGUGUAACAGGACGCGGUUAUUAUAUCGUGGGUUAUAUAUGAAUAUGUUGGAUGUGGAAGUCUUGAUAGGAAACAACAUAGGAAGACGAGCUUUCUUGUCCAGAAUUAAAAUAAAAACAUCGGCCAGUGAUGGGUUGCCCUUUGUCCUUAGUAGAAAGCAGUUUCCUGUGCGACUAAGUUUUGCAAUUACAAUAAAUAAGUCACAAGGACAAACCAUCCCAAAUGUCGGAAUAUAUCUUCCACGAUAUGUUUUUAGUCAUGGACAGUUAUAUGUGGCUUUAUCUAGAGGUGUUUCACAGACUACAACAAAAGUUUUAUCCAAGGAAGGAAAAUUGGAAGGAGAAGAUGUCAAACUAGAACACAAUGAAGUCUUCCAAUUAUGUAAGGAGCUGAGACGGAAGAAUGUUGAAACUUGCUUCGACAUAAAGAUGGGGGACUUUAAAGAUAAAUGGAACACAUGGAAGGAUGAACAAACAAUUUCAUCUAUCAGCAAGCUAGACAAUAAGAUGCAUUUACCUUUUUCGCACCAUGUAUAA